AUGGUAUCAAGAAAUUUGACUGAGGUUUUUGUGUUGAUGCGAAAUAAUGCUAUUCAUAGCCGAAACCUAUUUGCUGAAGCGGCAAAUGAUGAAGACCAUGAAGGAGCUAUGCUCAUGACAUCUAGCUCUCAAGAUAUAGAAGCUGGACUAGACACAAAGGUGGAGGCAAAUCCACCACCCUGGAGUGAUUCCUUGGAAGAAGCUCAUUAUAUCAUAUCCAGAUUAAGAACAAAGAUAUCGGAAUUGCAAGCACAUCAUGAGCGUCAGAUCCGAAGACCAGCUUUAGAUGACAGUAGUGAGCAACAACAUAUUGAGAGACUAGCUGCUGAUAUAGGAAAACAUUUUACACAAGCCCACGCAAGGAUAACAAAUAUUAAGGCACAAGUUCAACAUGGUAACAGAUCUGAACAAAAGUUAGCGACUAAUGUAGUCUUGGCACUAGUGACAAUAUUGCAAGAUUUAAGCAUAACAUUCAGAACAGCACAAUCCAACUAUCUCAAAUCCCUCACUUCUAGAGAAGAAAGAUCAAAUGCUUACUUUGACUUACCAAACUUUGAAGAACUAAGUCUAGAUGACAAUAAUCUCUUACCGGGAUUAACUAACAAUCAAACGGAUUUGCUGUUUUCCUUACCGAGUACCUCCAAUUAUGAAGAUGAGAGUAGAAAUACUUUAAACCAAAAGCAAUUGCUCCUAAUGGAAGAAGAAAAUACACAAAUGAUAGCCGAGAGAGAGCAAGAAGUAAAUAAAAUUGUGAAAUCCAUUGUAGAUUUAAAUGAUAUUUUUAAAGACUUGGCACAUAUGGUACAUGAACAGGGAACCGUUUUAGAUAGAAUAGAUUAUAACCUUGAACAAACACAGGUUCAAGUACACGAAGGUUAUAAACAGUUAAAAAAGGCUGAACGCUAUCAGAGAAAGAAUAGGAAGAUGCACUGUAUACUGUGUUUAAGUGUUGCAGUAAUUGUUAUGUUUAUAUUCUUGGUCAUAGUUAAGAGUUAA